UAUUAACGAGCGAUAAAUCGUCAAUUUUUCAAAGCACACUUACUGACAGUUACUUAAUCCGCACAUUAACAAUUACAAUUCCAACGUCCAUGGCGAGUCGCGGCGGACGAAUAUCGCGACCACCCCUUCGUUCUAACCUCUCGCUCGACUCUCACAAUCGAUAUCUCGUCGCUCGCAACAGAACGGGAGGUCACCAGCUAGGUCAAAUCUCAUUCACCGUCGAACGGUCCGAGCGGAUUGUCGCGCGUGUCGUCUUAGCUUCCAAGCCGCAGCGAGAUACUUUACAUUGACACACGUCAGGAUGCCGAUCCAAAGCAUCAAGGCUCGUCAGAUCUACGAUUCUCGUGGAAAUCCCACGAUAGAGGUCGACAUCGUCAAUGAACUGGGACUCUUCCGCGCUGCGGUGCCAUCGGGCGCGUCCACCGGGGUUCACGAGGCCUUGGAGCUGAGGGACAAUGACAAGUCCAUGUACCAUGGCAAAUCUGUCUUCAAGGCCGUGGAGAACGUCAAUUCCAUCAUCGCUCCUGCGUUAUUGAAGUCGAAUCUAGACGUUACGCAACAAACGGAGAUCGAUAACCUCAUGUUACAAUUGGAUGGCACACCGAACAAGUCCAAGCUAGGAGCCAACGCGAUCCUGGGUGUCUCCCUGGCGAUCUGCAAGGCUGGGGCCAAGAAGAAGGGCGUGUCCCUCUUCAACUACAUCGCCGAGUUGGCCGGCAACAAGGAGAUUAUCCUGCCGGUGCCGGCGUUCAAUGUGAUAAACGGUGGCUCUCACGCCGGCAACAAGCUGGCCAUGCAGGAGUUCAUGAUCUUGCCGACCGGUGCGAGCAACUUCACGGAAGCCAUGAAGAUGGGCAGCGAGGUCUACCACUACCUGAAGGCGGGCAUCAAGAAGAAGUUCGGCCUUGACGCCACGGCCGUCGGUGACGAGGGUGGUUUCGCGCCGAACAUCUUGGAGAACAAAGAAGCUCUCAACCUGAUCAUGGACGCCAUCAAGGCUGCCGGCUACGAAGGGAAGAUCAAGAUCGGCAUGGACGUCGCCGCGUCCGAGUUCUAUAAGAACGGAAAGUACGACUUGGACUUUAAGAACGAAAAGUCUGACCCGAGCACGUACUUGGAGCCUGAAGCAUUGAAGAAUCUGUACUUGGAAUUCGUCAAGGAAUUCCCGAUCGUGUCGAUCGAAGAUCCCUUCGAUCAGGACGGCUGGGACUCUUGGACCUCGAUGACCGCGUCUACCCCUAUUCAGAUUGUCGGUGAUGACCUCACCGUCACUAACCCUGAGAGGAUCAAGACAGCCAUCGAGAAGAAGGCCUGCAACUGUCUGCUGCUGAAGGUCAACCAAAUCGGCAGCGUGACCGAGUCGAUCAACGCUCACAAGCUCGCCAAGAGCAACGGUUGGGGCACUAUGGUGUCCCAUCGUUCCGGCGAAACGGAGGACACGUUCAUCGCCGACCUGGUAGUCGGCCUCUCGACUGGCCAGAUCAAAACUGGCGCGCCCUGCCGCUCGGAGCGUUUGUGCAAGUACAACCAGAUCCUGCGUAUCGAGGAGGAGCUGGGCCCCGCCGCGAAAUACGCCGGCGAGAAAUUCCGCAAUCCUCACGCUUAAAGGAUUAGGGUCCUCGCGCGUUGUAAUGUCGCACAGUUCACCGUUCGCGGACUAAGUUCCGGCUGCUUGUAAAAUGUAACGUGAAACAACCGUAUAUAUUUUGUGAUCACGUUUACAAGUAAUGCCAGGCGCGGUCUAAUCCGAAGGACGAGAGAGGUUUGUGUACCGUGAAUCGAUACCCGUACCCCGUAACGAUAAAGGAUACGCUAAACAUGGCACAGUUGUCGCGUUUUGCAGAUCGUAUGGAUGAUAUAUGUGUGUAGCCGCGAAUAUUUCAAACGUAAUGUUGAAACGUGACGCUAUGUAGCAACAUUAUAUAACAACAUAUACGAUAUACAAUAUACGUGUGUAAAGGAGGAAAAAGGAAAAAGAGAGGGAAAAGUCGAGCGAAAAGGUAAUAAAUCCUGUCCCAGCGAGACAGACCAUGCGUGUGUAUGCGUGUCCGAUAUCACAUAUGAGUGCCGACAGUAAUAUAUCAUGCCGGUGGACCUCGUCGAAAAGUCAUAUCUGUAAAAGUACGUUAAUAAACUGAAAUAAAAGGAAAAAAAGGAAUA